ACCUCCAAGUAGUCAACAACCGCUGACAGUAAAAGGAGAAUUUGAGGGCCCAAAUUUCCAAUCGUUAAAACCCUAACCCCAGUCCUAAUUCUCCAACAGUCUUAGGAUUUGUAUUCCAGGUUACAAGUUUGGGUUUUUACAGGGAAAGAUUCUUGAAAUGGCGACGGCAACAGCAUCAACGACAGGGACCAUGACUGCUAAGAGGAAGCCGGUGUUCGUCAAGGUAGAUGAUUUGAAGCCUGGAACCAGCGGGCACACUUUGACGGUGAAAGUGGUGGAGACGACCCCUGUCAAGACGGCCCAAAAGCCCAACAAAGGUCGCUCUUUCCUCCCCCGUCCUGCUCCCCCUGCUCGAAUCUCCGAGUGCCUGGUCGGGGAUGAGACUGGCUCAAUCAUUUUCACGGCCCGUAAUGAGCAAGUUGACCUCAUGAAGCAAGGCGCCACUGUGAUUUUGCGAAAUGCGAAGAUUUUGAUGUUCAAAGGGACAACAAUGAGGCUAGCAGUUGAUAAAUGGGGACGUAUAGAAGUCACUGAACCUGCUGAUAUCGUGGUUAAAGAAGAUAACAAUCUAUCUUUUAUUGAGUAUGAAUUAGUCACUGUUCCUGAUCAGAAUGCAACCUAGAACCAUUUUUGUGGUUAAUGUCUUUAGGGUGAGUAUGUUAAGUAACUUGGGUGUGAUUCUUAUUGUUGUCAUGAACAGUAGACUGGGGUGCAGAAUUUAUGAAUAUUAGACAGAGGUGCUUUUUUUCCCCUAUGAUUUGCAUAAUGUUAACAGUGGAUCAAUUUGCUCUGCCACUUUGACAAAUGAAAAUGCAUCUACCAUCCUGGCUACCACACAAACUAGACGGACUCUCUAAUGAUUUGAUUUUUGAAGAAAAUGUUGGCAACAUUAAUGGUUAAUCAUGUUAAGCAUGCACAAAAGGUCCUGGUAAAAGGCUAGGUAUGUUUGAGAAAUAAAGUUAUACAAAUUAAGACAUCUGCAGUAUGAUAGAAAGGAAAGGAGGUCAACACGGUGCAGCGCUUAUCC